GGCGGCUGGACUGCGCUGAUACUCGCCUCACUGUUUGCGACGUCGUCUGCACGUGUAAUUGUUGCGUUUUUCUCUGUGAUGUUUCCAUAAAACGAUUGUUAGAACCAGCUUGAUAUGGCCCUUCGCAGCAGUUUUCGAAUUGCUUUUGCAAGUGUUACUGCAUUUCCACUAGAACUUCGUACAUCGUCAUCACUUUUAGCACGGUGCCGAUCCUCACGAUCAAUACACACGAGUACUCUUUGCAAUGGGAAAGGCAAUAAAGACGGUAAUGGUGAUUCUCUAGACAUGACGACCCCAAAAAAAAUUUACAAAGAGAAUGUCCCCGAUCUGUUCCGUCGGUCAGCAAGUUUUGACAGCGAUACACCAAAACGAGUAGACGACGUUUGGUCCACACCGACUUAUCCGGUUGAAUUUAAGAUACCAGAGGAAGAGAAAGAGCCACAACCUGUACGGAUUGAUCCGAAGGAUACGAGUGUACUCCUAUUUCCUGGACAGGGUGCGCAAUUUGUUGGCAUGGGAGUGCAACUUCUUGAAUACCCCAACGUGAAAGAAAUGUAUGAAAGAGCCAGCGAAAUCCUUAAGUAUGACCUUCAAAGGCUGUGCAUUGAGGGCCCAAAGUUUGAGCUCAGUCAGACUGUUCAUUGUCAAGCGGCAGUUCUGGUUACCUCCUUAGCAGCAGUCGAAAAGUUGAAAGAGCUACAGCCAUGGGCAAUCGAAAACUGUGUGGCAACAGCAGGAUUUAGUGUAGGAGAAUAUGCUGCUCUUGUCUUCAGCAGGGCUAUUUCGUUUGAAGAUGCGGUGCGUUUAGUCAAAAUUCGUGGCGAAGCAAUGCAAGCUGCCUCGGAGUUGGAGCCGAGUGGAAUGAUGACGGUAUUCCUGUUGCCUACAGCCAAGCCAAACUACAUCUGCCACCUUGCUCGAGAGUGGUGUGCCCGUCAGGGCAAAGAUAACCCUGUCUGCAGUGUGGCUAACUAUCUUUUUGCAAACUGCAAAGUUAUUGCUGGGCACGAAGAGGCACUCCAGUUCAUUGAAGUUAAUGCUCGUGACCUCGGCAUCAAGAAAUAUAAGAAGCUCUCAGUGAGUGGAGCAUUCCAUACCAGCCUCAUGGCUCCAGCUCAGAAAGCUUUAGCCAAGGCCCUACAUGCAGUACACAUUGACUCACCCCGCAUUGCUACACACAGCAAUGUGGAUGGUGAAGCAUACUGGAGUGAUCCAGAUGAGAUACGACGUAGGCUUGAAAAACAGGUUGUGCACCCCGUCAAAUGGGAACAGCUCUUGCACAAUAUCUAUGCCAGAGAAGACGGAGAAGCAUACCCAAGGACAUUUGAGUGUGGACCAGGGAAUUCUUUGCGUGCUAUACUGAAGGUGGUAAAUGGAAAGGCAUGGAACAUCUCUGAGGGUGUGGAUGUAUGAAGUCAUGGUCAUCACAUGGUAGUUUUGUAUUAAUAAAUGCAGUAAUGACCCAGGAGGUUAUUCAACUUUAUAAACACA